AUGCCAUCAUCCAACGACGAGGUGUUCCACGCAGAAGAUACGCCGGAUGAGGCAAAGGGAAACAAGGCGAGCCGCAAGAAACAGAAGAAGAAGGCUGCCAAGCAGAGACUCGAGGCCGAAGAUGACUCUGCUAAGGACUCGUCGUCUGAGGGUCCUCAUCUCUCGCCCGAUCUAGCACCAACACUCACUCCCAUCGCGCCCUCACCCCCGCCUUCUCGUUCACCCAGUCCUCCGCUAGACGACCGACUGUCUGCUCCAACGCCUGACUUCUCCCCACCCGAGAAAGGUCCUUCUCCUUUGUCCAAGGUGCCUGCUCUACAAUCUCCCAGGCAGAAGCCACACCCUUUCGCCCCGACCUCGGAGCCAUCCCCUCCACAAGAUGGUGUUAUGCUGGGGCACGAUGGCUCAAAGGUCCCAUCACGCCUCUCUGGUGCUGGCUCUCCCCUCCAUGCUGCUUCCUUGUCUUCAUCACCCCAAGGCGGCAUUCGGCUGCCUCAGGGCUUCGUGUCAAGAGCUUUCUCCGACACGACAAACGUACCUUACACCACGACACCACCAACCCAACCCAUGAACUUUGCCAGCACCAAUCACGUCUCACCAUACGAACCCCUGCCUCCGCACAUGCCACAACGCCACUUUUCAAGACUGGCCGAGUACGACUUCAGCAGACCAAUCCACACGGACAAGUUUUUGCAAGCUGGUUCGAGAGGUUAUUACUGCGGUUUCGACACAUGGCAAGCACCCAAGACUGUUUCAUCUACAGGCACUAGUUCUGUCGUGGUUGUUGGCUUCGAAGGCGGUCUGGAGGUUCAUAGAGUGAAACGACAAAAGACUGAGGUGAUCGGACGCUUGGAAGGUCUGCAGGGUGGUGUCAUCGAUGCGAAGAUUCUCCCAUGCACGGCUCGAGAUGAUCCCUUGGAGCAUCUUCGCCCUCUGGUCGCUUGUGUCAUUCACGGACCUGUACUCGACCGUGGCGCUGCUUCGCCUUCUGCUGCCGACAUCAAAGAAUAUCACACCUUUGUUGACGUCUACUCGAUGAGAACAUGGCAACGAGUGGGCAGGCUCUUCCAGACUCAGCCUGAGAGAAUCCAUCAACCAGUCGCAACCAAAGGCUUCACACCUCCUCCACCAAUUGGCAAUCUCAGUAUCGCUGCCGAAGGACGUUUUGUUCUUGUUGCCUCUGGUGUGAGUGGAGAAAUUUACGUAUUCGCCGUUCGCAGCAAACAGUCUGCAACCGAACAGCAGCCAUUCUACUGUCUCGCUAAAUACUGGUCAAGCCUGAAGACCAGGUCAUCUUCCUCGGACGACCGGAAUGCGAUUAUGGCCAGCGAGUCAGGAGCUUCAAGAUCGAAGGGUGCAAAGAGAGCUAUGUACGCUUUGAGCGACCGCUGGCUAGCGAUCAAGCCACCGCUCAAGUCGUCUUCCCAAAUGACCCUGAAGGGCACCACCGGGUCUAUCGGCCAUAUGGACUCUGUUGGCAUCGCGAGCCAUGCUUGUCCAGCUCAACCUCUACCGAAUUGUGAGAUCGAUGCGCCCUUCAAUGACAGCCUUAUCAGUCGUGUCGCCAAAACCACCACGCGAGAAAUAUACAAAGGCGCUCAGCAAGGUUUCCAAGCACUGAGGACGUACAUCAACCGUCCAGCAAACCCAAAUGGCGAUCCCGCCUACUACGGGUCGCCCCAGUCGCCACAGCCCGAGCAGAACCGAUUCCCGCCUACUCAUGCUCAAAGCAAUGAGCCACCACCGUCACCUAUAGAGCCAGCUCUUGUGUCAAUCAUUGACCUUGAGAAAUUGCUUGAACGCGGGGAGCGCGAGAUCAAGGGAAGCCAGCCUCCUCCAUCUACCUUCCACCUCAACGAUGGAUGUUCUUUCCUGUCGUUCUCUCCCAACGGAUUAUCUCUACUUGCUACCAAUCACAUUGGAGACGAGUCGAGAGUCUGGGAUCUGACCCGCAUCAAAGAUGGUAGAGCAGCAGUAGCGGACCCGUCUUCCCUUGGUACUGUUCGUCUAGUCUCGAGAUUUCCCAGGCUGUCGCCGUCGACGGUGACCGAUGCUGUCUGGACAGUACGCGGUGAGCGCAUUGCCAUCGUCACCGACAAAGGUACUGUGCACCUGUACGGCAUGAAGUCACUGGAAUACAAGCCCACAGUCAUGUUACCGUCAAACUUUCCUUCUCCAGGUUCAUCGCCACGCGAAGAAGUUCAAGCACCUGCAGGAGGUUUCAUGAGUGGUAUGCGUGCAGGGUGGCAGAGUAUCCACGGUCUGGCUACUAGACCACGCAACGGCUCAAGCGGCAUUGUCAGUACUCUUGGCAGUGCCUCAGUGGCCGCAAGAAACGCAGGAGGAAGAGCUGUACGUCAAGGCCUAUCCAAAGGUCUUGGUAUGGCUGCCGAAGGCGCUCAUCAUAUCCGGCACGCCGAGGACAACAAGAUCCGUUUGCAAUCAGGCCACCAGUCUGUCGCACCCAAAUGUGUACAGUGGCAACAUGGCAAAGAUAGAGAUACCAUUGCGACUCUGUGCAACGGUAUGCUCACCCUGUGGGCAGUGAAGAAUGUCAGUCACACCCAGCACAGAAAGACUGUCGUCAGCCCUGCAAUUGAGAAGACGCCGCUCGGACAACAAUCUCUCCCAACCAUGUCCAGCGACGUGCUACCACCAUCAGUACUCGGCUUGCUCGAACCAGAAGGCCCUCAUGGUGGCUGUGCUCGCGAAGGUCCCCACGGCUUCUGUGUCUGGGAUGUCUCGCCUGCUCAACAACAAAGACGUGCUUCCACUGUCAGUCUGGGCAAGAGGAAAGUGAGGAUACCUCAUCAAGACAAGGAUACUAACCCGUCUUAUAUGCCUUACCACCGCUUACCUACUGUGAACCUCUUCACUGUUUCACAUUCCAAGAGCAACACCGAAGAGACAGAUGAUACCUGGGUGUUUGGGUUGCCUUUAGCACCCAGCAGUAGAGUUAGCAGCCAGCAGGAUGAUUCAACAGGACCCUACGACGACGGCAUCACUGAAGAAGACAUGGAAGGCUUUGUGGGUCAAAUGGACGAAACUCUGCGCGGUCAAGGGUUCUCAAACAAAGGCCAUGGUGAUGAUGAGUCUGAAGAGGAGAAGCUGGUUGACAUGUAA